UAUUUUCCAAACACACAGUCCCUCCUGUUAAAAUGUCCGCAUGUCUUGUGGCGCCACUCAGAAAAUAGCCUCUAUGUUGUUUUGUCUUUUAAGAACAAGCCGCUUUUUCAAGGAUGGAACUUUCAUCUCUACUUGAUGAGCUUCAUCUUUCCUCCUCACAGAAGCCCCUCCCCUCACCUCCCUUCCCUUCAAUCACAGAACUGCUUUCUCGGCUGCAGGACAAGUUGCUUGGUGCGUCCUCAGACUCUGAAACAAGCUCUCUGUUUGGUCGUGUGGAGCAGCUCUUUAAAACAGCUGAUCCUGAUUGGCUGUUCUCCCCGGUGUUAGCCAAUGAUGAUGUUGGUCAGGUGGAGCUUCAGAGGGCGUACAGGUCUCUGGUCAGCACUAUGAUUUGUUGUGCUGCUUUGCCUCUCUGUGAGGACGACUGCGGCUCCCUGACGGCGGCAGCCUAUCAGAACGUCCCGAGUCGAGUCAUUCUAGUCUGCUCCGUGCUCAGAUCACUGGUGGGAGCUCUGGGACACAGGGAGAGGGCAGGACUUCUUCUGACCGUGGCACCGCCUGUAUGUGUGUUCGCUGUGACACAUUUCCAGGAUCAGGCAUGGACCACCCCCUCCUCCAGAGUGGCCGCACAGAGACUACAAGAGGCGCUGCUUAGGGCAGGUGGCUGGAGAGACUCUGUCCACCUCCUGAUGGGAGACACGAGUCAGCAGGAAGAAGGAGGGAAGAACAGAGGAAUUCUGGAAGGAGUCCUGGACGUCCUGCAGCCUCAUCUUACCAAGGAUUUGUGGCAGCGGUCUGAGGCAGUGAAGCUGGUGUUUGGAUGGAUCCUCCUGCAAGUGCCUCGCCCUUUUCUCUCCCCUUACUUGCCUCGUCUCCUCCCACCCCCCCUCCUCUUCAAUGACCACUACAGACCAGAGAACUGCAUGCUGGGAGUUCGCUGUCUGCAUCACAUCAUAGUCAACACAUCUGCGUCUGAGCUCCGUCAGUUCAACAGAGCAGAAGUUGUGUAUCAAGCAUUGUUCAAGCACCUGUAUACUUCAGAGGCGUCUGUCAUAGAGCUGGUACUGUCCUGUCUGCUCGACCUGUUGUUGGUUUUUGAGAAGCCCCCCUCGUCAGUCGCCUCCUCCUGCAGGAAGCCCAGUCGCCAUGACGAUGUUCUACGCCUGUUCUUGACUCACAUGGAAGCAGAGAACAAGGUGCCGCUGCGACGCAUCUAUGCCUCCAUCCUGCCUCUGUAUAUAGACAGGAUGGGUGUAGCAGUGUGCAGACACCUGCGGCGGCUGGAGCGUGUGGUGCUGGGCUACCUGGAGAUCAGAGAUCCACCUGAGGAGAUAAACAGGCUGAAGACCCUGGAAGUUCUGCAGAAAACAACAAGAGCAGCAUGGCCACGGAUGGAGGCUCGCAUUAAUGUGCUGCUGCGUUGUUUACUGCGGUUGCUGGUCGAUGUUUCUUCAGACUCUGAGCUCAAAGAUUCAGUGACACAGGAGCUGAUGAGUCAGACAGUGAUUUGCAUCAAGUUGCUGGACGACUGCUCCCUCGGAAAACUACAGCCUCUUCUCCAGCAGGUCAACAGCAGCUGUUGCAGUCCUGAGGUGUUCAGCUGCCUAGCGACUAUAACUACACCGACAGAGAGGUGAUCCUGGAAGACAGAUCGGGAGUAGGACACAAGUGGACGGUCACCGGUGGACGGUCACCGGCCUGCAGAUGUCUGUAUUUCAGACGUUAAAAGCCUUGGCCACAGUGGACGCGUGAGCAGAAGGUGGCAGAGCAGCAUGACUCACUCACUCACUCCGUUAGAUGAUCAAACAUGUUUAAACUCAAAAUCACACGAAACAGUUUUGAGGAACUAUUUCCAGCAGUUGAUAAAUCUACACUGGUGGAGGCAGUAGGCCAGUAUGAAGGAUUUAACAUGAGCCAAACAUUAAAUACAUUUCAUAGAUAUCGUUUAUUUCAUUUAAGAAAUAUAAUUUUAAUAAACUUGAAACAUACCCAUUCAGACAUUUAUCAUUUUUACAAAUAAUAUAAUAUAUUCACUGCGUUAAUUAACAAUUAACGCAGUGAAUAAGGUGAUCUCCUUUUUGUUCUGUUAGUUUUCAUUUCAUAGUCACUUGUCAUAUGUUAUGUGUGUGUGUAUAAAUACUUUGUAAAAACAAAAAUAACUGCUUUAGUUAGGUUCUAUAAUCUGUAAUCAAAUAAAUAUUAUAUAUAAUAAUAAAAAAGAAACCAUGUAAUAAUAAAUAAUAAUGUAAUGCAGUAUCACAUGAGAUAGCAUUUUGAUUGGCUGGCAUGUGAUGUUGAAACAGAAUGUAAUAAUAAAAAUAAUAGAAAAUAUGGUAUAUUUAUGCUCUUUUAUCUCGUACAAAUGUAGAACAAACACCUGAAUUGCCCUUUAAUUCUUCACAGUGCCUGGCUGCAUCAUACAGUGUCACAUGAUGUGAUCUAAACAUUUGAUUGGCUCAUAUGAAGUAGAAACUAGGAGUGUGUGUCAUCAGUGAGAGUGUGACAGGAGUGAGUCCAGCUUGUCCACUUUGUCUCUGAGUCCCAGUAAACUGUCCUCUGUCUCCAGUCGUCUCACCUUCAGAGUCUCCUGCUGCUUCCACAAACUGCAGCGCAGACGAGCCUGAAAUGUAACAUUUUGUUGAUUUAUACGAAAUGAUUUGUCUCCGAGUUUUGUUUGUUAGUACAGUGACACUGCUGAAGUCCACCUGUAGUACAGUGGCCCAUGAGGGACAUUUCAGCACAGUGGUCGUGUAACUCACUGAUCAUGUGAUGUACAUCCACACACUAUGAAAUACUAUGAAAUUAAGAACAGAUACUCAAACUGAUGACACAGUUUACUACUGGAGCGGUAGUCGUUCUGUAUAACCACAUACAUAUAUGUAUAUAUAUAUAUAUAUAUAUAUAUAGAUAUAGAGAGAGAGAAAUGAACGACUUAAAUCUGAUGAGAUUUAUCAUCUGCUGUAAAAACAUUUUAACAUCUGGAUUCUCUUGAAGUUUAAAAUGACCUUGUGUCUCCGUGAGAUCACUUGUAUGAUUAAGGUUUAAAUAAAGAUUUUUUUAAAAACAA